AUGUCAGCAACACGAAAAGAUGAUGCUCCAGCCAUCGCCCUUGAAGCAGCGCUUAAGCCUACAUCAUCAUCAAUUGAUCUUUCAUCGCAUUUAAUUGUUCGUGGUUAUGAUUUUAAUAAAUCUCAACCAAUUGAUUAUUUUAAUCUAUUACGUUCUUAUUCCACGAUGGGUUUUCAAGCGACAAAUUUCGGUCAAGCCUGUCAACAGGUUGAUACAAUGCUGGAAACUGAUUCAAUCAUAUUUCUAGGUUAUACAUCAAAUAUGGUAUCAAGUGGUUGUCGAGAUAUAAUACGUUAUUUGUGUCAACAUAAACUUAUUCAUGCACUUGUUACAACAGCUGGUGGUGUUGAAGAAGAUUUUAUUAAAUGUUUAGCACCAACUUACGUCGGUGAAUUUACAUUAAAUGGACAACAAUUACGAGCUAAUGGAAUAAAUCGUAUUGGAAAUUUAUUAGUACCCAAUGAUAAUUAUUGUAAAUUCGAAGAUUGGCUUAUGCCAAUACUCGAUCGUAUUGUUAAUGAAAAUUUAAAUAAUUGUAUAUUGACACCAUCGAAACUUAUUGAAAUACUUGGACAAGAAAUUAAUAAUGAAGAAUCAAUUUAUUAUUGGUGUUCAAAAAAUAGCAUUCCUGUCUUUUGCCCAGCUAUCACCGAUGGAAGUUUAGGUGAUAUGCUAUAUUUUCAUUCCUAUCGUAAACCAGGAUUAAAAAUCGACAUAUUAGAGGAUUUAAAAAAAAUUAAUAAUUUAGCUGUUCAUGCUAAAUCAACUGGUAUGCUUAUUUUAGGUGGCGGAAUCGUCAAACAUCAUAUCUGCAAUGCUAAUCUGAUGCGUAAUGGAGCUGACUAUUCAGUUUACAUCAAUACAGGUAUGGAAUAUGAUGGAUCAGAUUCCGGUGCUAGUCCAGACGAAGCCGUAUCAUGGGGUAAAAUUCGCUCGGCUGCCAAGCCAGUUAAAGUUCAUGGUGAUGCUACAUUGAUAUUUCCAUUAAUUGUUGCACAAACAUUUGCACAAUAUGUUCAAAGGAAAGCAUCGACGAACUCCUCUGAUUAA